UUCUCUCAUAUUGGAAGUGAAAGUGAAUGAUUGUCGGAGGCUUAAUUAGAGAGGACGCUUACGCUUGCGCCAGUUCCUCUGAAAACGUCGCGUUCGACACACACCUUGCGUACAUUCAGACGUACGCGCACGACUCGCACGCUUACGCAUCAACGACUACGAAUAAUCUGCAGAGAUGAGCCGGCACACUUGCCUGGCAGCCGCCACAUUGUUGGUAGCUCUUUGCCUUGCUGAUGCCCAGCGUCGUUUGGCCCUGCCUGACCCCAGAAGUUGCGCGAAUAGAGUUCGCCAUUCCACAUACCGCGAUGCACGUGGGGUUCUUCACUCAUAUUUCUUCAGUUGGGAACAUGCUCCAACCCGAAACCUAGAAGUAGACUGGCUUGAUGCGAGAAAUAUCUGUAGAAGACACUGCAUGGACGCUGUUUCUAUGGAAACUCCUCAGGAAAACGAAUUUAUUAAGCAAAAGGUUGCACGCGGAAACAUCCGUUACAUUUGGACGUCGGGUCGCAAGUGCAAUUUUGCUGGUUGCGACCGCCCUGACUUACAACCUCCCAAUGUUAACGGCUGGUUCUGGUCGGGAUCUGGCGCCAAAAUCGGACCAACCACGCAAAGAAACACCGGUGACUGGUCUUACACUGGCGGAUACGGUCAAGCACAACCAGACAACAGAGAAGCUGCUCAAGGUAACGACGAGUCCUGCUUGGCAAUCUUAAACAAUUUCUACAAUGACGGAGUGAAGUGGCACGACGUGGCGUGCCACCACGUGAAGCCGUUCGUGUGCGAGGACAGCGACGAACUACUAAACUUCGUGCGCUCACGCAACCCUGGCCUCCGUCUCUAAUAUACUCCCCUUUCGCCUUCUAAGCUCUUAGAUGGCUGACAUUGUACAAAAACCAAGUGGCUAUCUUUAUUUAAGUUAUUUAUUAAUUACACACUCGCUUACAAAUAUUAACUUUGUUCGAGAUAAUAAUAUUUGGCGAUAAUUAUUUCCGUUAUUAUUUCAUCUCGGUAAGUCGAUCCUUGUAAAAAGCUUUUGCACAUAAUAGGAUUAUUGUAUACAUAUUAGAAUAAAUCAUUUAAAUACUA